AAAAAAGAGAGAUGAAAAAAGCAACUGAAUUUCAGAAGAAGAAGAAACAAAACCAUAGAGAAGAAUCACACAAACACAACUCAAAUAUAGACGCGGUAAUUCCAGAGGAAAAACAGGGAGAAAGAGAGGGUUUCGGACACCGACAAUGGCAGAGAAAGAAGCAGAGCCUGCAAAAAUGAACUCUAAGCUUGCUGCGGGGACUCGCCCCUCGAUCAUUUUACCUCCGAAACCAGCUAUGGAUACCUUUUUCCUUGGUGGGGUGGGGAUGAGUCCGGGACCCUUGACGCUUGUGUCCAAUUUGUUCUCAGACAACUACCCUGAUGGAGCAGAGCACAGGUCCUUCUCUCAGCUUCUGGCGGGAGCCAUGGCCUCACCGAUGGCUGGACCGGCGUUUUCUGUGAACGGUGGGACGGAUAAGUCGUUGGUGGAUGGGGGUUUUAAAGAUGGGGCUGAGAAUAAUUCUGGGUUCAAGCAGAGUAGGCCGUUGAAUUUGGUAGUGGCUAGGUCUCCAUUGUUCACAGUGCCUCCUGGGUUGAGCCCCUCUGGUCUGCUUAACUCACCUGGGUUCUUCCCUCUUUCACCUCAGAGCCCUUUUGGAAUAUCCCACCAGCAAGCGUUGGCACAUGUUACAGCUCAAGCUGCCCUAGCUCAGUCUCAAAUGCGAAUGCAGGCAGAUUAUCAACCUUCAUCAACAGUAGGCCCUUCAGAGCAGAUGCCUGUGUCAACCUCCAACCCUCAAGGCUAUACGAUGGUAUCUUCAGAGGCCGCCCAAUCUGAUAGGAACAACCAACCUUCUCUUCCCAUGGAUAAACCUAGUGAUGAUGGCUAUAACUGGCGUAAGUAUGGGCAGAAGCCUAUUAAAGGUUGUGAAUAUCCCCGAAGCUACUACAAGUGUACACAUUUGAACUGUCCUGUCAAAAAGAAGGUUGAGCGAUCUGCAGAUGGUCAAAUAACUGAGAUUAUCUACAAAGGGCAGCACAACCACGAAAUGCCUCAGCCAAGUAGACAUGCAAAAGGUGGUAGUGAAAUAAAUGGAAAUGCAAACUCCCAGGCUAAGCCGAAGGUUGGUUCAGAGGGUUUGGCUGGGAAUUUGAGCAACUCAGGUGAAAACCUACCCACUCAUUCAGUUCACAUGAAAAAUUUGGAAUCUACUGCAGAGUUGCCUGGCUCAAGUGAUAGUGAGGAGGGAGGUGAUGAAGAAAUUCGAGAAGGAAAUGAUGAUGAGCCAAAUCCAAAAAGAAGGAAUACUACUGGGGAAACUGCAGUAGCAUUGUCACAUAAAACGGUCACAGAACCAAAAAUCAUUGUGCAAACAAGAAGUGAAGUUGAUCUUUUAGAUGAUGGAUACAGAUGGCGCAAGUACGGACAGAAAGUGGUUAAAGGGAACCCUCAUCCAAGGAGCUAUUAUAAAUGCACAAGUGCAGGAUGCAACGUUCGGAAGCAUGUUGAGAGAGCUUCAACAGAUCCCAAGGCUGUCAUAACUACAUAUGAAGGAAAACACAAUCAUGAUGUCCCAGCAGCCAGAAACAGCAGCCAUUCCACUGCUAACAAUGCAGCACAGUUAAAACCGCACAAGGUAGUUGCUGAGAAGCACCCCUUACUUAAAGGACAGGAUUUUGGAAACAACCAAAGACCAGUUGUUCUUCAGCUCAAGGAAGAACAGAUAAGAGUCUGAGCACCUUCCUCCAUGCACUAACAGAGCUAUGAAACCAAUAAAUUUAAGGCAGAAGGAGAUUAUACGAAAGAAGGGAUGCAAAACCUUCCAAGGGCAGUUGCUGCUGCAUGUAAUGUUGAUUAACCAAAGACGAUCUGUCAACUGCCAAGUUCUAACUACUUUACAUCUUCAAAUGAUCAAAUUAGCAAGAGAUGUUGUACAUUAAUUUCUGUAUCCCUUUCCGGGUGAGAUAACAGAUAUUUAGACGUUCAGUACCCUGGUAUACAACUUUUAUGGUGUGUAGAUUAUGUGGAUCAAUCCAUCAACAACUUUUUGUAGGAUUCAUUGUCAUAUAAAUCUCCUUAUUUACCCUUUUUAUCAUUUUCGAGAUGUGCUCCUUGCUUCUUUUGGAUUGGAUGUGUCGGUCUGCAUGAGAAAGUUAAGUGGUCAUUGUUAUAAACUCACUUUUUUGUU